AUGGAGAAAGGGGCGUCGGCCGCGGCAUUGACCCUUCCAUGGAAGGUGUUGACGCUCCCUUUACUUUACCUGGCUUGGACAUUUGCGGCGAACUGGGAGCAGAUUCGAUGGGCUUUCCCGAAUUCGGUACCGUCCGAGCUGUCCCUCACCAGCACGAGGCCUGGUCUGGAGGAGGCUCUCGAACCCACUCUGCAACGAGUUCUGAGUCAAGCAAGAGAGCCCGACAAGCUUUCGCUGGACGUCACUUCCAUUCUGCAGAAUGCAUCGCUGAGGCCAAGGCGGCUACGAGAAUCCACGUCGAGGAAGAACCUCAGACUGGCUCUGUGCGGCCUGAACGGCAUUCAGGCGGUGGUGACUCCCGGGCAGAUCGCAACAAAUCUCAACAAUGUGGCCCAGGCUUGCCAGCCGCCUUAUCCCAUGAACGGAUCGCAGCAGGACUUUUGCGCAGCCAUGGUCUCCCUGGACCUUGCGCUUUGGGGCUUCCUCGCCAUCUACAUCGAGGGCGCGGUAAUCUCUUGUAGUCCCACUUUCCAACUUCAGGCCACCUGUGCCAUUCAGAUCACAGGCAUUCUGGCGAGCACUGCCGUGACGGCGUCCGCUGGCGCGAACAUUCGAAGAAACUGUCUACCACCAGGAGGAUACAAAGCCCCCGCUGCCACGAUUCACAGGAGCGACAGCUUGGCCAGCACACUUUCUGGCAGUGACCUCUCCGCUGCGAACGAUUAUUUGCACGAAAGGGCGCAGAUCAUCAUCGACGCGGAGAAGCAGCUUAGGGCCAAGUUCACUUCCGGCCUUGGAAUCCGCCGGCUGGAGGAUUUGGCAACGCUGCCGGCAAGUCCCGCUGUGUCGGGUGGGCAGACUCUUGCGGAUGACCUGGAGCAGUUUGGAAAGAGAGCCAAAGACGCUCUAAACAAGGCGGCGAACCCCGCCAGCGGGCCCGUUCGAAAUGAGGACGGCAUCGCUGAGUGGGAGGCUCCUUCACAAGAGAGGGGCGCCCUCGACGCAAACACUGUGGAGGGAAGCCGCCAACAGGAGACCGCAAGGAAUUGGAAGAGAGCAUCAUGCUUCUUUGACAUGGGUAAAGCAGUGGCCCGUGUGGCCGAAGUCGCUGUGCUCGCCGCAUCUGCGGCCGAAGACUGCGCCCCAGAGCACCUCGCCGAGUCAGGCGAGCCAGGCAAGCUCAAGUGCAUUGUGGACAUCACGGGCGCGAUUGCUUCAGCUAGCAUCGCGUCGACACUCAUCAGCCUCAGCGUGGUCAACUGCCCAGCUACCUUGCAAUUUUCUGAGGCCAUGGGGCAGAGGCUCUGCGCCUCCGCCAUCCUGAAUUUGGUCACCGUCGCCAGCUACAUGACCACUUCGGUGGCAUUCACAAUGCAUGAGUUGUCAGGUUCCGUGGUUGAGGGGAGUAGGUUUGUGGCUACUAUCAAGUUGAUCAAGCCUUCUGAAGUGGGCAGUGGUCCUUAUGCCAUGUGCAUUGGCGAGGCCUUGACUUUAUCCUUUGCCUGCGGUGCUUUAGCUGUGGCCUUCUUUCUGCGCUCGGAGCCAAAGACCGAAGCUGUCAUGGCUUCAAUGCCGAACGUGGAAGUGGAUGACGCGCACAAGUGGAUGGAGGAUCCGGGCGUGGUGGAGAUGCCGACCAAGCGCGAUCUUGGGGAGCUUCUGAAAGCCAUCCAGGCACACUAUCCGGAUGGUGGUGUCUUUGAGCACGUGAAGUAUCUCGACAUUGAUGGCAAGGACCCAGACAAUCUCAAGUACGACUACAACAUGAAGGUCUUCAAGAAUGCCACUCGGCACCGACCCCUUUUGUGA